CAAUUGCGUUUUGCAGAUUAGAUAAAGGCUGUAGGAAUAUUAUAUGAGUUAGCUGUAUAAAAACUGGUUUUAUGAGUGAGGGAAGGCCAGUUUAUGUUAUGUUCUUAGUGACGGAUGUUCGUUUAACGUUGUAGGUAAUCGAGUAAAGUAAAAUAAAUAUUAUAAAAUUCUGUUAGAAAAAUGGUCGAGGAAACAAAUGUUGGAUAUUCGGGAAUAAAUAUUUCCACAAAUGUUGUUAAGCCAAAAGGACACUCUCGUGUACCAUCAAGUACAGACUUAAAAGAGUUUAAAGAAGUUACCCAACGUGAUUCAUUGGUACAACUAGAAAAAGAAAUGUCCUCCUUGCUUGAAACUACACCAGAUGAUAAAAAAGAUUUGGCAAAAUCUCAAUUUACAGCAUUUUCACGUUUAUUUCAACGUUUUCUAGAAGAAUCUGGACCAUCAGUUGAUUGGGAGAAGAUUGAAAAAUUGCCUGCUGAUGCUAUACGAGAUUAUGAAACUUUAUCAAAACCAAGUCCCGAUGAUAUUCGUUCAAAGCUUGAAAAACUGGUGGUAGUUAAGCUUAAUGGAGGUCUUGGUACAUCCAUGGGGUGCCGUGGACCAAAAUCUGUUAUACAAGUCAGAAAUGAUCUUACCUUCCUUGAUUUAACAGUUCAACAAAUCGAGCAUUUAAAUAAAAAAUAUAAUGUCAAUGUACCAUUGGUUUUAAUGAACUCGUUUAAUACGGAUAAAGAUACUGAACAAAUCAUUCGUAAAUAUAAAGGACUUCAAGUAGAGAUAUAUACAUUUAACCAAAGCUGUUUUCCGCGAGUAUCUAAAGAAUCACUUUUACCAAUUGCACAAGACUGUGAUAUUGAAGGCAACAUUGAAGCAUGGUAUCCUCCAGGUCACGGAGAUUUCUAUGAUAGUUUUAAAAAUUCAGGAUUAUUACAAAAGUUUAUUGAUAGUGGUCGUGAUUAUUGUUUCAUCUCGAACAUUGACAACUUAGGUGCAACUGUUGAUCUAAAUAUCCUCAACAUGUUAUUGGGCCGUGAAACUGAUUCCCCAGAAUUUGUUAUGGAAGUUACUAAUAAAACAAAAGCCGAUGUGAAAGGUGGUACUUUAAUUCAGUAUGAGAAUAAAUUGAGACUAUUGGAAAUAGCACAAGUCCCCAAAGAAAAUCUUGAAGAAUUCAAAUCAGUAAAAAAAUUUAAGUUUUUCAAUACCAACAACCUAUGGAUUAAACUUAAUGCUAUUGAUAAAGUAUUAAAUGAAGGAUCCAUGAAUUUGGAAAUCAUAGUCAAUAAUAAAACGUUGGACAACAAUUUAAAUAUCAUUCAACUUGAAACAGCAGUUGGUGCAGCUAUGAAAUCUUUUAAUGGUGGUCUUGGUAUAAAUGUACCUAGAAGCCGUUUCUUACCAGUUAAGAAAACUUCUGAUCUUUUAUUGGUAAUGAGCAACUUGUACCACAUGAAAAAUGGAUCGUUGUCAAUGAGUCCAUUGAGAAUGUUUCCCACAACUCCGUUAGUUAAACUUGGUGAUAAAGAUUUUGCCAAAGUAAAAGACUUUUUGUCUCGUUUUGCAACAAUUCCUGAUAUAUUAGAAUUGGAUCAUUUAACAGUUUCUGGUGAUGUAACAUUUGGUCGAAAUGUUUCUUUAAAAGGAACUGUUAUUAUCAUUGCCAAUCACGGAGAUAGAAUCGACAUCCCUUCAAAUGCAACACUUGAGAACAAGAUAGUGUCUGGCAAUCUGAGAAUACUAGAUCAUUAAUAAAAUUGCACAGAGCUACUUAUUAUUUGAAAUAGCACAAAAUGUUUUAAUUAUUAUAGUAUUGUUUUAGAUAUAUAUAUUUAUUGUUUUUAUUUAUUUUCAAAGUUGUUUUAGCGAAUUAUUUACAAUUGUUAUGUUGAGAAAUAAGGAGAUCUAAUUGCCAUGCUAUCAAAAUGUUUUAAGAAUAAAAUAUUGAUUAUUUA